GGCUCAAGGAGACACUGAGCAAACAGCUUUUCAGAGAGCUUCAACUCAGCUGUCAGAAGGGGCAGUUUGGUUUCUGUGCAAGCAAUACUCACAUUCCAAACUGCAUUAGAGAAAAGCCAGUGGGUUUGUAUGCAUUUUUAUUAUCAGUUCCAGAUUAGGAGUCUGAUGCUAAUUUCUUCUUAAAGCCUACAUUUGCAGUAGGUUUUAUAUUCUAAAACAAAAAAAGGAUUGUGAAGUUUUCCUCUCACUAGCUCACUCUUUUCUUUUUUUUUUCUUUUUCUUUUUUUCACCCCCCCUGGCUUUACUCCAAGGACCUUUUCUGCUUGUUCAUUACAUUCUCAAGAUGAAGCACCCGAUGGUUACAGCAGUGCUGGUAGUACUGGUGCAGGUUUCUCAGAGUUUCCCUGCCCUGUACCACCGAAGCUGGUGGAGGCUGUUAAGGGAAGGAGAUAGUUGUGGAAAAUGCGAUUUGGCACUUUGCUCUGAGCCUAAAGACUGUCCAGCUGGAACUGUAUUGGACCGUUGUGGCUGCUGUCCUGAAUGUGGAAAUGUGGAAGGUCAGAUCUGCGACUUGGACCAGGGCAAUCAUUUUUACGGGCAAUGUGGGGACAACCUUGUGUGCAGGUUGGACGCUGAUGAAGCAAGAUUUGGGGAAGUCCCCGAACCCCAGUGUGUGUGCAAGUCUCAAGAGAGCAUCUGUGGACCUGAAGGGAAAACCUACGAGAACAUCUGUCAAUUCAACAAGGCUUAUGCUACGAAAAGAAAUAUCAGCAUGAAACAUAAAGGGCCAUGUGAAUCAGCUCCUGUUAUUUCUAUGCCACCUCAGGACGUCCAGAAUUUCACGGGCAAUGAUGUCAUUUUUGUCUGUGAGGUGUCAGCCUAUCCUAUGCCACAUCUCGAAUGGAAAAAAAAGGGGAAUAAAAUGUUUCUGCCAGGAGAUGACACCCACAUCUCAGUACAG